CUUUCUUUCACUCAGCAUCCAUCGCAGGUUAAAUACCUCUUGCUAACCAUGGACUAUCUUUACAGCAACAGUCGCGCUAUCUGCCGCAACCGCGCUUAAAUGGCGCCCGCGAAGACUUCGAAGCGGAAACGGCCCCGAACGACGACCACUCCGCGAAAGAAGCCUCGAUAUAUCGAAACGUCAAGAGACAGCAGUACCAGCCCGCAGCAAGAGCAAAGCGGGGUGUUUUGGUCUGCCGAGUCUAUCUUGAAUGAACGCAAGAAUCAGUAUCUCAUUGCAUGGGCGGGCACCGAUCCAACAACAAACAAGCCGUACCCUCCAACGUGGGAACCCAAGAGGAAUGCCAACAAUUUGCUAGUUGCAGACUGGGAAGCGAAAAAGGCUGCAAAGAAGACAGCUCCAGUUGCAGCGAAAGCAAAAGCGGCACCGACACCGGAAAAGAACGGCAUUGCCCGACCAUCGCACGGAGGUCCGCAGUCGAGGGUUGUAGAAAGCUCGUCGGCCUCUUCGACGCCGGCACCGCUACGAAACAAUACACCCUCACAGGCGGCUGCCAUUAGUAACGGGCCUAAUACUCUUGUUCCGCUGCCUAAGAGACCGGUUGCAAUUGUGCAAGUCAAGGCCAGGGCCGACUUUGACCCGCAGGAGUUCGAGCUCUUCUCCCAACUGCCCCCUUCGCGGGCAACACGUUUGAGCCAGAAGAGUAAAGUCGAAUCUCUGCAAAACCCGUCGCAGGCAGAAUCUCUCCUCCAAGCUACCGAAGAGAGUCAGCGUGCUCCUUCCCCGAAAACAUUACAGGUCGAUCUUCUGAACCUUGUCUCCCCAACGACACCAGAGGGGCCCGAGCUCUCUUCUUCGCAUUCCCUGGCCCCGAGGAGUCCACCGCGCGGAUUCUGGUCGUCGGGUGUCGUCCCAGACUCUCAAAGCCUCCCCGAUUCUGUCAGCUACCAGCCGUCGACCCAGACCGCUUCUGGCUCGAACCAACAACAGCGUCUGAACCAGGUCAGCGGGACGAACGAGAUUCAGGGAGCCAACCAAGAAGAGCCAAGCUCUCAAGCCCAGGUUCUCAAAUCUGAUCCUAUCGAGGCGACUGAUAUUUCCUCGCAAUCCCAGCCGCAAACGGUCGCUCAAGAAGAGAACACUCUCGGGGUCGCCUACAGCUAUUCCCAGCCAGAGGUGCCAUCUACGAACCAGAAGGAAAUACAAGAUACUGUCGAGGUAACAGGGACUCCCUUGCAAUCAGUGCCACAACGCGUUGGUGUGGGUUCUCUUGGGGUGGCUAAGGACCCGAUCCCGGUGGUACCGCCGCCAACAAGUCAAAAAGAAGAGCAAGGCUCUGGUGAGACUAACAAUACCCUUUAUCCCCCUACACCACAACCUGUCCAACAUAAAGAAGGUAACAAAGCCGUUGAGAUCGGCGCAAGUUCGUCAGAAUCAGCACCGCAACUUGUGAAUAAAAAUCCGGAAAAUCACGGAAUUAGUACUGAGCGCUUAAGCCCGGAUCCCCCCGCAAACGCUCCACCUGGCAAGUCCGGCCACCAUCGAGAGAUUCUAGGAUUAGCUCCACAAGCAAUCAAAGGCUUCUGGAACAUUAGCCACGACAACUCACAGAACAGCAUUGAACGCCGCGACUUUGCAAUCGUAUCUCAACCCAACCCCGCUAACAUACCAGCUGUCGGGCAAGAUUUUAUUCUUCACAGUCUCGCCGGAUACUCUCGAAAUUUGCAGCGAGAACCUACAGCGACUUCUAUUGCGUCGAUCGCCAAGGAAUUCGAGCCAGGAACCCAAUCACCAACCGACUUUCACCCCCAUACACAACAAGAAGAAGAACAGAACGCACAAAUAGUGACUCCCGACCCAUACUUGAGCUCUCAAGAAGAGCCAGAACUGCGUGAGGUGUUUGCGGACAGCAUUCAUCCAACCACUGAAAUUGAUCACAACGACGGUGGAUCAUCCACAUCUCGACACGAUUCUUCUCAAGAGUCUCCAGUCCCCUCAGCUGGGUUGCUCAACCACUCCUCGCUGCCUCCUCGUAUCCCCUCACAUUCUCUUGGUACCAUUGAUUCUUGCGCACCUCUUCGACUAGAGUCUCCGACUAGUUCUAUACCCUCGUCAGCAGAAAACAUGGACGACGGAAACGACUUUCGCGAAUUUGAUAGGAGAUGGGAUAAGGUGCUUGAGAAUGCCCUGAAAUCUUCUCCCCUUCCGCCACCUAAGAGGAUACUCCAAACCGUCUCUCCCGCGGCUGGCACGAGGUCACCCUCAACAAUUCCAGAUCGAAUUCCACAGCCUCAAGUACCGACCUCGCUUCGGACUAUAGCUCUUGUAAAAUCCGCAGAAGCUGCAAGUCCUCUGGUGUCGCCCACCGUACCUAUGUCGAGAACACAAGAUGACAUGCAAAGCGAGGAUGACGACAGCUUAAGCGUUCUGAACGAUGAUCUAGAGCUUAUGUCUGAGGAGUACAUUGUUCCCCUUCCAAUGGAUGGAAGACAAAAGAGCAUGUAUAUGGAUGAGGUGAAGCGGAAGGAGGAUCUGCUGAAGAUGUUCCUACAGGAACCUCAAGAUUUCGACCGACUCAAUGACGUUGAGGCUGUUCUUCAGAGGCUGCGAGCCGUAGAGAGUCACGUUGAUCUCAUAUAUUCAGAGAGCGUCUCUUCAUCACAGACGACCAGUCCGUUUACACAGGUCCAGUGGGAUAAAGAGAAUUGCGUCAAGUUCCGCUUCCUUAGCACGUUGUUUGAUCAGUUGCGAGAGAGUGAGAUGCACUUUCUGAUUGUACUUGAGAAAGAGAACGAUCCUCUGUUCGACAUUCUUGAAAAGUUCUGCCAGGGAAAGCUUGUCAAUUAUAAGUAUCCAGCAAGAGCUCGGGCUGCGAAGCAGGUGGACGUGGAGGGUACCCUGAGAGUCACGAUGCUGUCGUAUGAGUCCGCGUUCGUGGUGCAGCCUCCAGAGGCAAUCAUCUGUCUAAAUGGAAUUUUCGAUACUGCCCAGAUUCGCAAGAAGAAAUGGGCUCUCAAUCCCGACCGCGCAAUAGUCCCCAUCAUCCACCUCGUUAUUCCUCGUUCGGUUAGCCAUAUUGAGCGUUAUGUCUCCUCGGCACUAAGUUCCAAGAAACGACUUCACACAAUAGUCGCCAGCCUAGCCCAAGUUCAUGGCGACAUUGGUAGAGCAAUGGGAAACUCACCACGAUCCCAUGAAGCUGCAGAACUAGUGUCGAAAUUUCUAGAGUCAGCCGAAGAGAACAGUGGACAAGCACAUGCCGAGUGGCCACUACCUUCAAUUGGCAGUAUUAAGGAUGUGAUCGAGUAUCAAUCGCAGCAGUCGCAGACCCCGAUUAAUUCUCCGCCAGUCGUUGGGAACUCUUCAAAACGGCCUCUGGAUUCAGAACACCUUGAUCCAUCGAAGAGGAUGCGCAUGACGCCAACACCCCAAGCUACUGCUAACGCUGAUAUCUCCCAUAUCAGCGAUUCGAUGCCUAACACCGCAGCUCAAAUCUCUAUACUCCAAGCUCGACUCGAACAGGAGCAGCAAGCCCACAAACAGGCAAGGCGCCAGAAACGUGAAUUCGAACUCACCCUCGACAAACGACAGACCGAAUUCGAGGAUCUGAACAAGAAAUUCAGGCUGCUAUUGGGUGAAGUUGAGGUUGCGAAUCAUAAGGUUGAGGCUGCAAAGAGACAGAAGGAGAAUUUACAGGAGCGAUUCGAUAAGAGGACCACGGAGGUGGAAGAGCUUCAAAAUAAAGUCCUAGCCCAGGAACAAUUGCUUCUAACGUCCGAAGACGACAAAGUGGCAGAGAUCACGCGACUUCGAAAGGAGGUUGAGCAAGCUAAUGAGGCGAAAAAGUGCGCGGAGAAGAAAGCCAACAGCGAGGAGAAUCUAUGCAACUACCUCAAGGAGCAAUUCUCGAACGCACGUGACCGUGCUACGGAGGUUGUUGAAGAAAUGGUUGCUGUGAAGGCCGAGAGGGACACGUACAAGCAACAGGCCGAGAGCACUCGCGUCGACCUCAAGAAACUGCACAUGGAUAACAGCAGUACACACAUGAUGGAGCAGAUCCAGCGACAGAAAAUAAGAAUUAGUCAUCUGGAGAAGUCGCUUCAGCAGAAGGACGAAGAGGCGAUGCGAUUCAAGUAUUCGAAGGGUGUGGGAAUGGGCACGAGAGCUGCGAGUGUGCCGAGGAGUCCGAGGGUGGGGGCUGGAGGCGCGACGAGUAGAGCUGCUAGCCCGUUUACAGGGCACCGUGUCAGCAAUUUGAGGAAUGGAUAGAGACUGGGUUGCGUGAGUGGGGGAGGGGUGUGUAGGGUUCGGUGUACAAACAUCUUUGGGGUCGAGGGGUUAGCAAGCUGGGUGGAGCAAACUUUCUUUUUUUUUUAUGUCGGAGCGUGGUAAUAUGGUCAAUAUACCCUUAGAUUCCUGGGGUUCUUUUAUGAGUAUGGCCGAGCCUCUGCCUACACGGGGAGAGGGUAGGUUUUGUACACAUCCAAGCCGCUGGGUUCGAUUGGAUCACGGACGGCUCAGUUGUCUCUCUUGAACAGUCAUAGCU